AUGCUUGAGAAUGAUUUGAAUAUUUCCCUUUUCAACAAUGAAAUGUUGGGAAUUGAGAUGGGAGCAAACAUUUCUGGACUGAAGGACACCAUUGACAUUGAGUACAAUGAUUCUAAAAUAGAAACGACUGAAUCUACAGCCGAAUGCGUAUCAUGGGAUGGUACAGGAACUCUUCCAAACUGGACCAGAGAGGGCUGCAAAACAACUCAUACCAAUCAUAAAGUCACUUGUAAAUGCUCUCAUCUCACAUUCUUUGGCGUUACGAUUUCAGUUAAACAACCUGGCAACAAGGAUGAGCCAACACCCAUACGUUUCCCAGAUCCAGAUCGUCCUCUGAACUCACAGCAAGCAGCAGAUUUCAUGAAGAAUAUGAGUUCCAUAUUAGAAUUGAUGGGCAAUGCCAGCGUCGCUACCAUCAAAAUGGGCAACAUUACUGGGGUCAUUUCUAAACUGCCACAGCAAAAUCAGACAAUCAUGGACUUUGGCUUUAAAUCAAGCGGGAAUGUACAGAUUCUCAAGGCAAACAAAAGUGUGAUGACAGACAUCAAGCAAACUAUUCACUUUCCUAAAGAAUCCAGUGAACUGGCUAUAGAAAGAAAUGGCACAUAUGCAGCGGUUUUGCUGUUUCCAGAAAUUGAGAGGCUCAACAAAACCAGUUCCUUUUUCAACAAUGAAAUGCUGGGGAUUGAAAUGGGAGCAAAGAUAUCCAACCUCUCAGAAACCAUCGACAUUCACUUCAAGGACGUGAAUACGACUGAAGUUAAUGCCACUUGUGUAUCAUGGGAUGGCACAAGUAAAGAAGGUGGCAAAGAAAAAUGGAUCCCAGAUGGCUGCCUGACAAAUGAAGCCAACGGCAGCAUCACAUGCCAAUGCUCUCAUCUUACAUUUUUCGCUAUUCUCAUGUCAUCAGAUGAAAAGAUCAGCUCUUCUGACUUGAAAAUCCUGACUCAAAUCACAAAAGCUGGCUGUGGCAUGUCCAUGUUCUUCCUAGGUGUGGCCCUCUUCAUGCAUUUUCUCAUGAGGAAAACUAAAGCCAGCCAAGCUGGAAAGAUCCUGAUGAAUCUCUUCGUCGCCCUGUUUAUCCUGAACUUUUGCUUCUUGAUAAAUGAGUCAAUCGCUGACCUGAAGAUCUUUGUAGCAUGUGUGGCGAUGGCAGCAGUUCUACACUACAGCAUGCUGGCCACAUUCACAUGGUUCUUCAUGCAGGCUUUGCACCUGUACUUCAAUCUGCAUAAAAUCUCCACAGAUGUUAAGUUUUACAUGCACAAGAUUUGCAUCACAGGAUGGGGUAUUCCAAUGGUGGUAGUUGUUGGACUUCUCGCUUCAAGCAAAUAUAAUUACAUUGAAGUCUCUGAUGAUAAUGGAACCUCAGUAAAUAUGUGCUGGAUCCCUGAUUCUACAAUCCACUUAGGAGUGAACAUUGGUUACUAUAGCAUUGUGUUCAUGUUCACUGUAACCAUAUUCAUCGUAACCGUCGUGCAGAUCACGCACUUUCCCUCCAAAAAAGCAAAAACCCAGGACUCCACCAAGAAGAGGGUUUUCUCUCUUCUGGGUCUUUUCAGCCUUCUGGGCAUCACCUGGGGGUUUGCUUUUUUUAGCUACGGCCCUCUGCUCCUUCCUUCUUACUACAUCUUCACCAUCCUCAACUCCUUUCAAGGAUUCUUCCUGUUCAUUUACUACUACUUCUCCAGUAGGAUCAUUCCAGAGGACACAGAUCAAACCAAGAGCAGCAGCCAAGACACAAAGAAUGUGUGCACAUCUCCUUAUGGAUAAGUUACUCAUUACCUCCUCCCUAUUUCAUCCAACCAAAGUGGACUUACUUUAGGUUCAAUAAAUGAAGUGAAACAAGUUGGACAAUAAAUGGAUUUAGUCAUGUUCUGAAAAGAACCUGAAAAACCUUUGCUUGUGGAACUAUAUAUCCUUUUCAUGUCUAAUGUAAGAGAGACUAUUCUCUGAGACUGUAUGGUCACUAUAUGACAUAAUUUAAAUUCAUUCUGAAGUUUCUAUAAUGUUCUAAAGAGUUUUCCCUCUCAGCUAGACUCCAAAAACUUUCCUGAAUCCUCUGCUGCUCUUGACCUGAAAUCUGGUUUAUCUUCCCAAAGAUGAGGAGAUGGAGCCCUCUCUAGGAGGUUGUUAUUGUAUAUAAGUAUAUAUACAUACAGGUAUUUAUAAA